UCGGGGCAGGCCGCGGCGCCCGCCGCCGCGCCGGGACCCGCCCCCUGUCAACAAAACUUCGCGGGACCCCCGGGCGCGACACGGACCCCGGCCUCCGGCGCUGUCCAGCCCAAUCCGCGGCUCCUCCCAGGCGGAGGCCCUGGGCUCGGCCUCUCCACCAUGUGGCACGAGGCUCGAAAGCAUGAGCGGAAGCUUCGAGGCAUGAUGGUGGACUACAAGAAGCGGGCGGAGCGGCGGCGGGAGUACUAUGAGAAGAUCAAGAAGGACCCGGCGCAGUUUCUGCAGGUGCAUGGGCGCGCAUGCAAGGUCCACUUGGAUUCCGCCGUCGCGCUGGCUGCAGAGAGCCCCGUGAACAUGAUGCCCUGGCAGGGGGACACCAACAAUAUGAUCGACCGCUUUGAUGUCCGCGCCCACCUGGACCACAUCCCCGACUACACUCCGCCGCUGCUCACCACCGUCUCUCCAGAGCAGGAGUCGGACGAGCGGAAGUGCAACUAUGAGCGUUACCGGGGCUUGGUGCAGAACGACUUCGCUGGGAUCUCUGAAGAGCAGUGCUUGUACCAGAUCUACAUCGAUGAACUCUACGGGGGUCUCCAACGGCCCAGUGAGGAGGAAAAGAAGAAGCUGGCGGAGAAGAAGGCGUCCAUCGGCUACACCUACGAGGACAGCACCGUGGCCGAGGUGGAGAAGGCAGCCGAGAAGCCGGAGGAGGAGGAGUCGCCGGCUGAGGAGGAGAGCAACUCGGACGAAGAUGAGGUCAUCCCCGACAUCGACGUGGAGGUGGAUGUGGACGAGUUGAACCAGGAGCAGGUGGCUGAUCUCAACAAGCAGGCCACCACCUAUGGCAUGGCCGAUGGCGACUUUGUCAGGAUGCUCCGGAAAGACAAGGAGGAGGCCGAAGCCAUCAAGCACGCAAAGGCCCUGGAGGAGGAAAAGGCCAUGUACUCGGGCCGUCGCUCCCGGCGCCAGCGGAGGGAGUUUCGUGAGAAGAGGCUUCGUGGACGCAAGAUCAGCCCCCCCAGCUAUGCCCGCCGAGACAGCCCCACCUACGACCCGUACAAGAGCAGGUCACCCUCCGAGUCCAGCUCUGAGUCCCGCUCGCGUUCGCGCUCCCCUACCCCGGGCCGCGAGGAGAAGAUCACCUUCAUCACCAGUUUUGGGGGCAGCGACGAGGAGGCUGCCGCUGCCGCUGCUGCCGCUGCCGCGUCAGGGGCCACCGCAGGGAAGGCCCCUGCACCCCCCCAGCCCGGCGGGCCCGCACUGGGACGUAAUGCCAGCGCCCGCCGCCGCUCCUCCUCCUCUUCCUCGUCCUCCUCCUCUGCCUCGAGGACCUCCAGCUCCCGCUCCAGCUCCCGUUCCAGUUCCCGCUCCCGCCGUGGCGGGGCGUACUACCGCACAGGCCGCCACGGCCGCUCCCGUUCCCGCUCCUGGUCACGCUCGCGCUCGCGCUCCCGCCGCUACUCGCGCUCCCGCAGUCGUGGACGGCGGCCCUCGGGGUGCGGGUCUCGGGAUGGCCACCGCUACUCCCGCUCCCCAGCCCGGCGCGGGGCUCACGGACCCCGCCGCAGGAGCAGGAGCCGCUCUCGCUCAGGGGACCGGUACCGGCGGGGUGGCCGCUGUCCCCGGCCCCACAGCAGCAGCCGGAGCCGGAGCAGCUGGUCCCUGAGCCCGUCCCGAAGCCGCAGCCUGUCCCGCAGCCGCAGCCCCAGCCAGAGCCGCAGCCCCUCCCGAAGCCGCAGCCCCUCCCGCAGCCCCACCUGCAGCCCCUCGCCGUCGCCCCCGAGGGAGAAGCUGGCCAGGCCGGCAGCGUCCCCCGCCGUGGGCGAGAAGCUGAAAAAGAACGACCCUGCCGCUGGUAAAGAGACAGGAGCUGCCAAACCCAAGCUGACGCCCCAGGAGAAGCUGAAGCUGAGGAUGCAGAAAGCCCUCAACAGACAGUUCAAGGCGGAUAAGAAGGCGGCUCAGGAGAAGAUGAUUCAGCAGGAGCACGAGCGCCAGGAGCGGGAGGACGAGCUCCGAGCCAUGGCCCGCAAGAUCCGGAUGAAGGAGCGGGAGCGCCGUGAGAAGGAGCGAGAAGAGUGGGAGCGCCAGUACAGCCGCCAGAGCCGCUCGCCCUCCCCCCGCUACAGUCGGGAGUACAGCUCUUCCCGAAGGCGCUCGAGGUCCCGGUCCCGCAGCCCCCAUUACCGACACUGAACAGAAGAGGGGGGCCGAGGGGGACGGGGUGCAGGGCCAAGGGCCGAGGCUGUGAGGCUGCUGGGGUUCCCAGUGAAAUAAAGACUAUUUAA